UUCCAGAAACCCCAACAGACGAUUGCGACGACGGAAUAACAAAAUCUAUGUACGAAAUGUACUACAAAACCCCAAGAUUUUACCCCAAAUCACGCAACGUAGAAGACGAGCCCAGAUUUAGAAGGAAAAAGAAGAAAACUAGAAGAUACAGGCAGAAUUACGACUAUGAGGAAUCGACAGCUUCUCUAGAACUUACGACUAAAAGAACAAAGGGUAGACCGAGAAGAAGGGAGAAGUUUACCAGUGUGGAUAUGCCGUUCUUCUUAACUGAUAGGAAGAAGGCAGCAGAUGAUAGUGGAGAAGAAGUGAGAAGAGAAUUGGUUGAAGAGAUCAAUCAACCUAAGGAUGGUCAAAUCCCUCAUUCAACAAAUAUAAGGGAGAAGCGACGGAGGCCUCUCUCUCAGGAAUACGACGACUCAGAAUCUGAGGAAGAUGAGAAAGAGGUAGAAAACGACUACAAAGACUACGGGAAAAGGACAGAAAAUCGAAGGAAGAGGGACAUAAAGGAGGAUGAUGGAGCGGACCCUACCAACUCCAAGGAACAGGAGGUGGACAUGGAUUACGUGAUAACACUGCGCCCCACGCAGAUCCGAACCUUCGUGGUGUGGUUCCAUGAGAGCAGGAAAGCUUAUACCUGAUAGAUCCAGCUUGAGUAUUUCUAGAUCUGAUGAAUAACCAUAGUGAAACGAUUUCAAUACAGUAGAUGCGGGCUACUUUAGCUUCAGAGCAGGGUUUCUCAAACUUUCGGCUCCACGACCCCUUAACGACGACCUUUAACUCACACGACACGACUCUUUAACACUCUAAAGAAAAUAAUGAUGUUAACAGCGUUGUUGUGUUCCGGCAGUUAGAGGUAAGAUAGCCAGUUCUAUCGU